UAACCUAGAAGUAAGAGGACAAGGAGAGAGAAGAUUGAAACGCCGUCGUUUCCGGCGAAGAAGAACCCACUCCGCGCCGCCGCCGAAGCCAAGGCUGAAAAAAUCCGGAAGGCCAAAAAUAAAAAGAAAUUAAAUAAAAAAGAAAGAAAGAAAGAAGAAGAAGAAGAAGAAGAAGAAGGAAGUGAGGUUGCAACGGUCGAAGCCUUUUUACGAGGCUGAAAAUCCAUUUAAAGUUCUUCACGAGAAAGCCUCAAAACCCAUUAAUUUUUUUCUUUUUUCUCUCUCAACCCUUUUCUCAAAUUUCUCUUUUUUCGUUGUUUUUUGUUUUGCCCCCUUCUUUCUCUCUCUUUUCAUCUCAAAUUUUCUCUCUUUCUUUUUUGCCCUUUUUUCUGUUAUUUGACUGAGACUACAGAGCGAUGGGAAAGAAAAGUCCCAGAAAGAAAAUAAAGGGAAAGCCAAAAGAAGGAACUGGAAGAAGAUUCUGAGCUCCCCCAAAUGCCCUUUUCCUUCUUUUCCCUUUUACCCUCUUAACAAUGGCGGACGAUCCUUCUUCAUUGACCAAGGAAACUUUUAUUUCAAAGGUUCCCAAGAAAUCCCCAUUGAUGCUAAGGAUGAUUGUCUUGGUCUUCGCCAUGGUCUGUGGUAUAUUUAUAUGCUCAGUUUGUCUGAAGCAAAUUAGCACCAGAUCAAAGGUCGGAUUUAUGAAAGUUGAGGUUAUUGACAUGCCCUGUUCAAAGCCUAAGAUUGAUCUUUCAGAUGUUCCUUUUGUGCACUUUCCUAAACCUACAACAUAUAGCAGGGCUGAAUGUGCUUGUCACCCAGUUCGAUAUUUUGCGAUUUUGUCAAUGCAGAGAUCAGGCAGUGGUUGGUUUGAGACAUUAUUAAAUAAUCAUACUAACAUAAGUUCCAAUGGAGAGAUAUUCUCGGUUAAAGUUAGGAGAAGUAAUAUUUCAACCAUUGUUGAAACUUUGGAUAAAGUUUACAAUCUGGACUGGUUUAGUAGUGCUUCGAAAAAUGAGUGCACAGCAGCUGUUGGCCUUAAGUGGAUGCUUAAUCAGGGGUUGAUGCAGCACCACGUAGACAUAGUAGAGUACUUCAAACGUCGUGGGGUUUCUGCUAUUUUUCUAUUCCGAAGAAACCUUCUACGCAGAAUGAUUUCCGUACUUGCAAAUUCUUACGAUCGAGAUGCCAAGCUGUUGAAUGGAACCCACAAGUCUCACGUGCAUUCGCAUCACGAGGCAGAUAUACUCGCAAAAUACAAGCCUGUAAUAAAUGCCACACUGCUGAUACCCAAUUUGAAGCAAGUAGAAGAUACAACAACUAAAGCAUUGGAGUAUUUCAAGAGCACCCGACACAUUGUUUUGUAUUACGAAGAUGUAGUUAAGAACCGCACUAAAUUAAGAGAUGUUCAAGACUUUCUGAAGGUUCCACGAAGGAAGUUGAAGAGUCGUCAGGUGAAGAUACACCGAGGUCCAUUGUCGAAUCAGAUCGAGAACUGGGAAGACGUUCAGAAGGCAUUACAAGGAAGCCAAUACGAGAGUUUUUUAAAGGCAGACUACCGGAAGUAACGAGCAAAACCCAGGAGGCUGGCAAGCUAAGAAGAUGUAUAUAGCAUCAUCAUUUUGUGCCAUAGGUAAUCACCGACAGGAGGAGGAAUUGAGCCAUCCUUUCUGUUGCAAUUUUGGCUUUGGCACAAUGCCAAUUUUUGUUUGUUCUUAGAGAUUUAAUAUUCUGUCUUUAUUCUAUUCCUUUUUCUUUCUUUUUCUCAGUAAUAUUCAGUUCAUUCUUUUAACCUCUUCUCUUCUCAUUUGGAUUCAACAUUUUUAACACCACUAAUCAUGAUAAAAGUUCCACAAAUUUUUUAUUGUAUGAAAUGUAGUUUUUGUUGGGGGAAGGGGGAUUGUAAAGACCACAGGCAUUUUUUUCCACUUGCUAUUGGAACUUAAGAAAGUUGAUUUACUCUUUUGAUUUA